AUGCCUUCUUUUCGAGUGCGCUUCGCGCCCCAGCGGUCUUUCCCUGGCCAGAAUGAGACAAGUACAGCCGUACCGGAUACUUCCCUAUCCAGCCCGACUCAUACCCGCUCCCGAUCGGGCUGUCGAGGCUGCCGCCAACGCCGAGUCAAGUGCGACGAGACCUUUCCAGUGUGCUUGCGAUGUCGCCGCCGGGGGUCCAUCUGCCAGCCCGUUCUUCCAGCCUCUCAAUGGCAGCCGGAGGUCUGGUGUCUAGGUACAGCAGACCCCGUCUCGCAGCCCACCCAGCCGAUUAAUGCCGAUGUCGAUGUGAACUCGCGGCUGCUUCAGUACUGGUUUGAGCGCAUGUCUCAAAUCAUGAGUCUUGAUCGGGAUCGGAAUCCGAUGUCGUUCCCGAUUGUCAAGUACUUGUCUGCCUCGAGUUCGCUGGUGUAUGUCAUUCAGUGCGUGAGUGCCGGUCAUGAACAAUAUUUCCAGCCCUCCCACAUGACCCUGAGUCUGGAGGAGCGGAGCAAGGCUUUACGGAACCUUCGCCAGGAACUGCAAUCUGAGAGCUUAGACUCGGCCCUCCGCUCCCUUAUCAUUCUCAUGUUGGGUAUGUCGUCCUCCUGGAUCACUACUCAGCCCACGGAGUAUGGGCGGGAGCAUCUACUAGCCGCCCAGGCUUCUGUCGAUAUGACGCUGGAGCAGCAAGCUACAGUGGAUGAUGAGUUGCUCCAUCUCACAGUGGGGUUCUAUGUUUAUUGGGAUAUGGCCUGUUCUUUCUGUCUCGACAUAGCCCAUCACACUCAGGCCCCUCGAACUCUGCUGGCGGCAUACGUCACGGCCUCGCGCUCGCGCUUUCACACAAUCACAUCUCACUCCAUGGACCUCUACUUCUUACUCGGGCAGCUCGGCCGGUACUGUCGUGCAGUUGCGGACGGUAUGCCACGAGACUUCGUACGCGAGACGACUUUCGAGUCCGACCUGCACUCCUACACUUCCGCUGAAGAGAACCCAUCUGCGCACCUGCUGGCCGAGGCCUUCCGCAACCACGGACUUCUCAUGCUGUACCGCCUAUGUGGCCGAAAGAUUCAUCUUGCAGUAGAGGCUGGAUCGGACGGCGAAGAAGACGACAGCGGAUGUCCAAUCCGAGCGCUGGCGUUACGGACUCUAGGAAUGUUGUUCGUAACACCGAUUAGCUCGCCAUACGUAAACUUGCACACACUCCCAUUGCUAAGUGCCGGGGCUGAAUUAGAAUCAAAGGAUACUGAGCUGCGUGAGCGGGUGAUAGAGCAACUCCGGGCUGUCUACUCCACGAACCGCAUUCCGCCAACGCUGUGGGUAAUUGAGCUGCUUCAAGAGCUCUGGAAUUUACACGACUCCGGCGUUGAAAUGACCUGGCUAGAUCUCAUGUUGGCCAAACAGUGGCGUCUACGAAUUGGCUAG